GAGUGACUUCCUGACAUCAGGCUCCUGGGAAGACACUCUCUCCCUAGCAUCAAGCGAUCACAUGGGUACCGGAUAUGACGCCGCCGACUGCGAGCCAAUUGUUCUCGUCCUUAUUGUCUUUCGGAUAAUCACAGCCUCAGUCACGUCCGUCGCCGUACUCAAAAGAUGGAGGCGACCGGCUCCCCGAGAAAUCGCUUACCCUUUCUCCCCUCCUCGCCAGCACACAAUUCUCUAUGAGAGAUGGCCGAACUGGGUCAGCGGUGCCCUCCGAUCGAUCACACUUUGCACUUGUCUUCAAGACCCUUGGGCGAGAGCCUCAGCGCUGAGCGCUGUCCCUCCGCCAUACCGAUCAAUCUCGUCAAUAUUGAUGACCUCGUCAUAUCACGCGUGAACUGUAGGACAGACGCCGAUCUGCGUUCCCGCAAACUAAAGACUCAGCCCGCGAGUUGCUACGUAGAUCGCCUACCUCCCGAGCUGCUAUGUGCCAUCUUCCUGAUGUGCGGCCAUACCGAGGAGGAGUUCAACUAUCCCCGCGAAAACAUGUUCCGAGCCUACCGAGGACGAGCGCGGAACCCGCAGCUUCUCUACAGCCGAGCCGCGGUCUCCCUUGGCUAUGUUUGCGCGCGCUGGUUCGCUCUCACACGUGGCUUUCCACAACUCUGGACGAUGGUGGACAUAUGCGCACCUGAGCCAUGCGAUACCGCUAAUCUGAAACGGUGCAUACGGUACUCCAGUGGCCUCCCUCUGACGAUGAGACUGCACGAGCGCCCUUACGCGCUUCCUUACACACGCGCAAUCAUUGCGCAAGCUUGCCGAAACUUCAUGCGAACCGUGGCUUCGGUCGCUUCACGCUGGCAGGAGAUAUCUAUACUCUCUCUCAAUGAGUCACUCGCACUCGAGGAGCUGCUGGAACCUCUCCUAUCCGUCCCCGUGGACGCCUACAGAUGUCCACAACGCGCAACCAUGUGGCGCUGGGAUGCUGGUACCAACGGCCCUGUCACUGUACGCUUAUGGGAAAUGUUCUUCGCAUCGCCCAGCAUCCGAACAGCGCAAUGGUUCGCCGUCUCCUUGCACGUUCCUUCACAUGCCCUCUCGAAGCUCACGCAUAUUGGCGCGAACCACAUUCCACCAGAGAAAAUACUGGAAUUACUUCGCCAUUGCCCCCAGGUUGAGGUAUUCCAGGUGACACCGAACAGAACGAUACAAGGCAACUACCUUUGCACGGAUGUCGUACCAGCACUGCCCGCACCAAUCAGCCUGCCGCGGCUGCGUCAGCUCAUGCUGAGUCACAUGCCCGUCUGGACGAACUUCUUCGACAGUAUAACAGCACCUAGGCUGGAUAGAUUGGAUAUCGCGUAUUCGGGCGUACAGGCGAGUGCAAUAGAAUGCAUGCUAAUGCGUUCGCGAGCCCGUUUGUCCAUGCUAGCAUUCCGCUACCUGUACAAAGGUACCACGGACGGAUGUGCAGCCCUUCUGCGCUCCUCGCCAUUGCGGCAUCUACGCAUACUCUUCUACGAAGUUUCGUCGAAAGAAGGGGAGGGCGUAAUUGAGGACUUCGACCCUGCACCUGUUCUGCCUUCCCAGUGUGGAUUGAUCACGGACGAUUUCGAGUACGCAGAGCACACAUAUACAUUGCUGUCGUAAUCUUAUGGUGGGAUAUAUAUAUAUGUAUCGACGUCC